AAUAAAUUGUCACUAUAUUUCACGACUCAUUGCUACUAAAAUCGCUAAAAACCCAGUAGCAUUUUCAACACUCGUUGCCUUGCUCAGCAGGAAAGCACUUUCUCUCCAAUUUGUGACGCUGAAAUCCAAUUCUCACAACUCAAAUAAGUGCUUAUUCUCCACCGUGAUUUCUGAUACCAAAAUCUCCCAACGCCUACGUGUCACAAUAUUAGCUUUUCGUUUCUCUACUCUCCAAUGAAGCAUCUCCUUAGAUCAGCUCGAACAUGGCGGUUACGUUUCCGUUCACUUCCAUCUUCCCAAACCCUAACUUCUCACUCCUCACGCCGCAUUCACUCUUCUCUCUCUCCAAAAGUAGAAUCUGCGUCUGCUAAAUCAAGCUACGUCUCCGAUGUUUCGAGUUCGAGAGUUUUUCGAGGGGAUUUGGGGAUGUUUCCUGCCGUUUUGGCUGGUUUGUUUGGAAUUGGAUUGGUGGAAACGGCUUAUUCGGAAGAAGCUAAUGAGGAUAAUGAGGAUGUGCAAGAAAUUGCUAAGAAAGAGCGUCAGAGAAUUCAGGAUUUGCUUACAACUAAGGGAAUUCGACAAGGUUCUUAUCCUCGAUUCAAUGUCGCUGUUAAAGGCCAGAAGGUCAGUAUAAAGUUUCAAAUUCCUCCUGGCUGUGAAGUUUCACAACUUAUUGCAAAUCUUACUGCACAUCUUGGACUGAAAUCUGAAGGCCAUGGCGGUGGUUCAGAUAUGAAGUUGCGUGCAUGGGACAGCACGGUUGCUUGGCAACUUAUCCUUACUCAUCCAUCAAAGCAAAACCAUAUUCAACAGAAUGAACCGUCUUCAACAGAUACAAAUGCACAUGACAGAGAUCUAUGCAUACUUAUAUUUCAUUCUCUCAUUGGCUCAGAUAAAGUUGAAAUUGAAUUUAUGAAGCAAGGGAACAUGAGUGCCGAAGAGCUUGAUGCUUUCGUAUCUAUUUUACAAUUAGCUGGAAACAAGUUGGUAGAAAGAAAUCCCCUGGAGAAAAAGACAAGGGAAGAGACCGAACAGACGCCAUCUAUAGAUAAAUCUAUUUCUAGUCUUGAGGCCAUGGGAGUAAGAACAUAUGGACUCAAUGAACCCAUAGGUAUAUCAAAUGGUGACAUAUCAUGGGACAUUAUCGCUGGGUACGAGCAUCAAAAACGGGUAAUAGAAGAUACAGUACUAUUGGCUUUGCGUAGUCCAGAAGUAUAUGAUGAUAUUGCUCGAGGGACUCGGCAUAAGUUUGAGUCUAACAGACCUCGAGCCGUGCUGUUUGAAGGUCCACCAGGUACAGGAAAAACCUCUUGUGCUCGUGUUAUUGCCAAUCAAGCGGGUGUCCCUUUGCUCUAUGUGCCCCUUGAGGUCGUAAUGUCUGAAUUCUACGGUAAAAGUGAACGUCUUCUAGGGAAAGUGUUUUCACUAGCAAACGAUCUUCCCAAUGGUGCUAUUAUAUUUUUGGAUGAGAUUGAUUCUUUUGCUGCUGCUCGUGAUAAUGACAUGCAUGAAGCUACACGUAGAAUGCUAUCAGUAUUAUUGCGACAGAUAGAUGGCUUUGAGCAGGAUAAGAAAGUGGUUGUCAUUGCUGCCACAAAUAGAAAGGAAGACCUUGAUCCGGCAUUAAUUAGUCGGUUUGAUACUAUGAUCGCUUUUGGUUUACCUGAUCAUCAUAAUCGUCAGGAAAUAGCAUCCAAAUAUGCAAAGCACCUGUCUAAAGCUGAACUUGAUGAACUAGCAACAGUUACAGAAGAUAUGGCUGGAAGAGAUAUCAGAGAUGUUUGUCUGCAAGCGGAACGAUCCUGGGCAUCAAAGAUAAUUCGGGGACAAGUAUCUAAAGAGGAGGAACAGGCGAACCUUCCACCUUUGCAAGAAUAUAUAGCAUGUGCUACACAUCGACGGGAAGCACUGCUUAGUGCUGCUGCAAAUAGGAAGCUCCGAAAUUCUUCCCGCCGCAGAAUAAUAAGUGAAUAAGUGUAUGUUUAGGAAAUACCAAAAACACAUCAGAAGCUACACAUUUGAGCUUCUAAAAGUCAUGGUGAGAGAGCUCUAAACUCACAACGGCUGUUGGCCACCACUCAACCAAACAUACGCCAAGACUUUGACCCCAUUUGACAGUGCCCAAAUGCUUGAUUAUUAUUUAUUUUAUUUUAAUAUAUAAUUUAUUUAUAUUAUAUAAGAAUACUCUAAUUUGACUUUUUUGGACUAACCUUCUUAUGUAAUCUUGGAAAAGAAAAGACACCGACAACUUUCUUGUGUUUUUAGUUUUUGUUAUGAAAUAUUAUUUCAUUUCUGUU